AUAACCUCAGAGACUCUCCCAUCGAUCAUCCUCUCUCUCAUCAGAAGAAGAAGUAUCUUUGUUUUCGCUCUCUUCUUCUACUUUCGAUCUUUGACGAUUAGAAAAGGAAAGUGAUGGCUGCCGUUAAUGGGUACCAAGGAAACACUCCGGCGGCGUCAAAGCAAUCUGCUCCUCCGACUAAGACUGUUGAUAGCCAAUCUGUUCUCAAAAGGCUGCAAUCUGAACUAAUGGGCUUGAUGAUGGGUGGUGACCCGGGAAUAUCGGCUUUCCCAGAGGAAGACAACAUAUUCUGUUGGAAAGGGACAAUAACAGGAAGCAAAGAUACUGUGUUUGAAGGAACUGAGUACAGACUCUCACUCUCUUUCUCCAAUGACUAUCCUUUCAAGCCUCCUAAGAUCAAGUUCCACACUGGUUGCUUCCACCCCAAUGUUGAUCUCUACGGCAAUAUCUGUUUGGACAUUCUUCAGGAUAAAUGGUCGUCUGCAUACGAUGUCAGGACAAUACUACUAUCGAUUCAGAGCCUUUUGGGAGGACCGAACAUCAGCUCACCAUUGAACACUCAAGCAGCGCAGCUCUGGAGCAACCAAGAAGAGUAUAGGAAGAUGGUUGAGAAGCUCUACAAGCCUCCCAGUGCAUGAUAGCUUCAGGAUGUGUCAUUCCUUUGCUCUACAAUUUGUUUCUGAUCAUCAACAGUUUUAUCUGUAGCAGUUUGUGUCAUUCAUUUGCUCUAUAAUUUGUUUCUGAUCUUCAACAGUUUUACCUGAGCCAAAUAUUGAUAUUGAUGUGAGCUUUUCAAAAAUUAAUCAGAAUGAUACACACAUU